AUUUACUUCCGGUGGUAAGGAGAAAGCCUGCUCACUCGUACACAUUGUAUACUGUGAGAGAGGAGCGAUGGCGAAGGAGGAGACGUCGUCGAACGAGAGGGAUUCCGAUGAUGGAGUUCAACUGAAGCGAAGAAUCACCCUGUUCAAUGGAGUUGCCAUUAUUGUGGGGUCGAUUGUUGGUUCGGGAAUCUUUGUGACUCCGAAAGGUGUUUUGGAGAGUUCUGGCUCAGUGGGAAUGUCCCUUGUGGUGUGGACGGGCUGUGGUUUUCUGUCGCUAGUGGGGGCUCUGUGUUAUGCAGAACUGGGAACAACCAUCACUCGCUCUGGAGGGGACUAUGCUUACAUUCUGGAGGCAUUUGGGCCAUGUCUGGCUUUUCUUCAACUGUGGGGUAACUUGAUUAUCAUCCGACCUACUGCUCAGGCUGUAGUUGCCUUCACCUUCGCUAACUACGUCCUUCAGCCCUUUUUUCCUGAUUGUGAGUCACCGAUUUUGGCCAAGAAGCUGUUUGCUGCCCUUUGUAUAAGUAUAUUGACCUUUGUGAACCUGGUUAGUGUGAGAGCUGCCACUAGAAUCCAAGAUGUGUUCACUGUGGCCAAGAUCCUGGCCCUGAUCAUCAUCACCAUCACCGGCUUCGUUCUCAUUGGACAAGGGGAAAUAGAAUAUUUUCAAAAUUCUUUUGAAAACACGAGUACAGAUGUUGGACAGAUUUCUCUGGCGUUCUAUUCUGGAUUGUUUGCCUAUGCAGGCUGGAAUUUCUUGAACUUUGUGACAGAAGAGAUGAUCGAUCCCUUUAAGAACCUGCCACGCGCUAUCUACAUCUCCAUACCCAUCGUGACCGUAGUCUAUGUGUUUGCCAAUGUGGCCUAUAUGACCAUCAUAUCUCCAGCUGAAAUGCUCGCCUCUGAUGCUGUUGCAGUGACUUUCGGAGACAAGGUGUUUGGAGUGAUGAACUGGAUCGUGCCAGUGUUCGUGUCCCUGUCUACCUUUGGGGGUGUCAAUGGACUACUGUUCACCUCUGGGAGAUUGUUUUUUGUUGGAGCUAGAGAGGGGCACCUGCCAGAGUUUUUCUCCAUGAUUCACACAAAGAAAUACACGCCUCUCCCCGCCAUGUUGUUCACUGGAGGAAUGUCACUGGUGUACUUGAUAUCCGAUGAUAUUUUCAUUCUCAUCAACUACAUGAGCUUUGUGCAGUGGUGGUCUGUAGGGAUGUCCAUUCUGGCACUCAUCUACUUAAGAAUCACGCGCCCGGAAAUGCCGAGACCUAUUACCUUCCCCCUCAUCAUUCCUAUCUUCUUCCUGCUUUGUGUUCUAUUCCUAUUGAUCCUGCCUCUGACCGUUGAACCAGAGUCGACGGGGAUGGCACUAGUCAUGAUCCUGGUUGGAGUACCAGUUUAUCUGAUCUUCGUCAAGUGGAAAAAUAAACCCAAGUCCUGGAAUAACUUCUUUGCAAAGUUGACAGUUCUAGGACAGAAAACAUGCAAUGUUGUCGGAGAAAAAGAUUCAUGAUUCUGUAAAUCGAGAAGAAAUUUAGCGUUGUGUUCGGUAUGCCUGUCUGUGUGUGUGAAUCGACUUGUGACUGCAGCCAUCGUUUUCCUUGUUAUUUAUUGAUGUGAAAACCUCUACGAUGACUCACAUCAGAUAUUGUGCUUUUCAUGCAUUUACAAUUGUUCACUUAACAGUUUUUGCAAGCUGUGUCCACCCACUGAACUGUAGUUUUGAAGAGUAUACUGAAAGUAUACAAGAAUUUAUAGGUAUAUAAGGUCUGCAUUUUGUCCAAGAUCUCAGACAAAUUUAAUGACACAAACACUUUUGCCAUCAGUAUUUUACAUAUUUGCUGGUACAGAUUGUUUAUAUUUUUUCUGCUUUAUGUGCUUUUGCUAUAGAACUUUUUUUAUUAUUGAACUGCUGUGAAGGGAAUACUCACUUAAUGUCAUUUUUUGGUUUGGAUUUUAUCAUAUCGUCCCUAUUUACAUGUAUUGAUAAUACUGUUCAUUAGUCGUUGGGGGAUCUGAAUUCAGACUUACCAAUCACUUAAAGACAUUCUUCCACUAUAUUGAUUUGAUUCCUGGUAGAUCAGAUAUUACGUAAGGCUAAAAGACUACCUCUUUCAAAGUCAUACAAAAUUUACAAUGUACCGGUACUUGUAAAUUUUAUGGUUUCAGAUUUUUGUUAUCAGUUUUCAUUUGUCUAUGCUUCAUCAAGUACUGGGUAGUCAUUAUUAUUUUCAACUUCUUCUCAGAAACUACUUGGCCUACAAUUAUAUUGAACCAAAAAAAAAAAAACGUGAGGGAUUUAAAAAUUGAUUUGUGAAUUCCUUACUUCAACUUCCCAGGUAGUCAAUUUUUUUUUAACUUUUUCUCAGAAACUACUAAGCUGACAUGUCUAUGAAACCAAAAAAAAAAACCAUGAGGGAAUUAAAAAUUGAUUUUUGAAUUCCUAUCUUCAUCUCCCCGGCUGACACCUUUCCUUCCCUAUCAUGAAUUUUUAAAAAAAUUGAAUAUUCAUAUAUAUUUUUUAUUUAAUGAUUUGUAUUAAUUUGCAUUAUGACUAAUUAAAAAAUAAUUGGUUAGUGGAAAGCUGUCAUAACAAAACCCAGACCCCCCUCACCUCCUCUGCCAACUCUCCCCUUCUACCCAUAAAAUGUACUUUAAUCUGCUUACAUUUCUAAACUCUUACACAUUUUCUUUUAUCCAUUUUGAAAAUGCACAAAACUGGGCUUCUUUGGUUUUUAUAACACCCGUACCCCAAUAUUCAAUGUCUUGAAUGCUUUUAGAUUUGCCUUCUUAUGCAUAUAUUUCACAGUAUGACAUUGCUAUUAUUUAAUGCCUGUCUAUGGAUCUGACUCAGGUGAUCCUAAGGGCCUAUGGGCCUCUUGUAAAGGUUGUGUAAGUAUUAUAUAGAACAUCAGAUUUCUUCCUUUCAAAUGUAUUAAUAAUGUUUAUUAUAAGAUAUAUAUUUACAAAUUACCAGUAGUCAUUAUUGUAAAACCCACAGUAAGUCUCUACAGGGCAUUAGAUACCAGUAAAGAUAUUAAAUUUAAAAAAAGAAAAGAAACAACCAUCAUAGGCAGCAGAGGGACUGAGAUUAGGUUGGAUCUCUAGUGUAGCACAGAUACAGGGCAUUUUGUAGGCUAGGAAUAACUGUGUCUGUGGGUCUGUUCUACUCCACUAACAGUCCGCUAUCAGCUGCCGAGAGGUUAACUUGGCAUAGAGGUUAUAGAAGACUUGAUUGUGUGGCUAGUACUUUCCUUACUGCCAGUCCCAAAUGGACCAAUCAAAUUCUCAGUAACAUUUACUGUUGGAUGUACAUUUAUUGUCCAAGCAAUUUUCAUAUAUGUAUGACUUUUAAUUCCAUUUCAAGUAUUUUUAAUUUAGAGAUUUUUAUAUUAUAUAUUUUAUCUUGUAAAAAUAAACCACAUAUGAUAUACAUGUACUGUAGUAGCAUAUACCAUGUAUACUUCUGUCUGAACAAUGUGUUUAUCAAAGACAUGAUAUUGUGUGUUACUGUGUAACAAACUUGUCUUCCAGGUUGUUGAACACACAAAUUUCGCCGACGAACAAUAUGUCCUGAACAACUUCACACAGUCUCUUGUUCAAUUCUUUGGUUCUGGCCAUGCAGGGCAGCUUAUUACAAGUGUUCAAAUUACCUGAUUUCAAAUCAUUUGACAAAUAAAUUUUUUUUGGAAAGAUUUUUUAAAGUAUUUUUCUUGCUUUUUCCUGGUAUGGAUUUGAAGAUUGUAUGCUUUAUGUGUAUUGCUUUAUAACGCAAUUUUAAAUUGCAGCAUCUAUGAUACGGAUGUUUGUCCGUCUGUCUGACUGUGGUUUGUUGAGCUGUUGAGACCUGCUGUUGUUAUUUUUGUUGUAAUGACUGUUUAAGCUUAUAGUGUUGGGUAAUGGAUUCUUCAUAAAAAGUCAGUCUGUAUUAAUUAUGUAAAUAUCUAGGUUUUUUUACAGUUAUCAAUUCUGGAUAUACAUGUAGAUAUGAAUUAAGUUUUGUAAGAUAAAAUUUUGAUAGAGAAAGAUAAAAGUACAUUUAGAAUAUGUACAUUUGAACUGCGUUAACCUGUAAAUUGUGUACUGAAUUAUACACUGUAUUCCUAUAUAUGUCACAGUGAAGGUUUUGUGUUAUCCAUUGUGUCAGGGUAAUUUAUUUUCUUACAAAGACAUGUGACCACAGUGAACGCUUAUAAACUGUGCCUCAUGGAAUCUCAAUAAAAUACAACUAUUUCA